CUCUCCGAUCCCAAUUUUAAAACAGAAGCAACACGGAUAUGUUCAGCGCCAUCAAAUCCUUUCCGAUUCAAACCAAACCAGCCGUUUCUACCCUCUUCGCCACCUCAAACAACUUCGCCGGAAAAGCAACUCCGGUCUUCCAAACUGUAAGAUUCCAACAGGCAUCCGCAGGAGCCGAAGAGCCUGAGAACAUGGAGAAGAAAGAAGAAACUCAGGAAGCUCAGAAAAAGGGGGAUGUGAUGUCACAUUCGUUUGGGGAAGGGUACGCUACGAGAUCAGAUGAGGAAGGUUUUGGAGGAAUUUAUGGAGGCAACCAAUCGCUUUCUCAUGACGAUGAAGAUAAGGACGUCCAUGGCAAUCAUCCUGAUUAUGACAAGAGUCAAGGAAGUGAGGUGAAGGAGAAGGAAAAAGCUCGACAUCAAACGCAGGCACACUAGCUCUUGAAGAAAUGAGGGAUAAGAAUGAGUUUUAAUUAAUUUUUAGUAGUUGUUGAAACUUGUUUCCGAUCAUCGUGCAUCAUCCAACUCUCUGCACAUGUAGAUAUAAGUUGAACUUAGUUUGUAUUUCUUGCCAGCUUUUUGUAACCGGCAGAUCUUAUAUAAUAUAAUACGUUUCUAGCUUUUUUGAAUUCA